CGUUUUGUUGUUGAACUUCAGCUGCGGAAGCCACGAGCCUUGGCACGGCUCAGCCUGGAAUCAGUGGGGAAAGAACGAUCGGAGCAACUCCACAGACGCCAGGCACCAGCGCGCGUUGGCAGGGGUUGUGCAGGUCCCUCCGCAACACGUCGAUGACACGGAUUCACAUGACUUUUUCUUUCCAGAGCUUUCUAUCUGUACUGGGAGCAGGCAACAGCCUCUCCGAUAGUGGCAUCAGACGUUUGUUGACUCCAGUCGAUUCUUCAAGUGGCUGCAUGUGGGCCGCGCACUUCAAACCCCUGUUGUGUACUAACGUAGGACCGCCGAUUGCGGCCCUCGAGACCUUGAGACUUGACAGUACUAACGUAAGUCAUAUAGAAAUCGCGUCACCAGUUGACAAGUAUCCGUACUUGUAUAUUAUUAAGUGCACUGUACCCGGUACUUAAUAGGUGCCCGAAUCUAUGUCCAGC